AUAUAGGUCCCUUUUUCCAUGCCCCCUCAUAUAAUAUAUAUACUGCUAUACAUCCUGACUGACCGAGUAGUAGUUCAUAUUUCUCUUAUUGUCUAGUCUGACAAGAUUAACAUCAGCUUAAAAAAUGAUUAUGUUUGUAUUAUAGGGAGCGACGGGUGGAAGGAAUGCCUUUAUCAAGCAGUACUUUGGGGUGGAGACAAAGUCGACGUACAAAUGCGAGGAGUGUCCAGACGAACCGGUCACCACGGAGACGGAAACUAGCUACCAAGUGUCGUGUUUUAUUGCUCAGGAUGUGAAGUACAUGUACACAGCUAUGAGGAAGGGAAUGGAGGGGACGGUGAAGAAGAAGUCUGCAGUUCUGGGAAGAGACGCGGACUUCAAGAAGACGUCGCCGCUGAGUCGUCUCCCGGGAUACCUGACAGUCCAGUUUGUCCGGUUCUCGGUGGGCGUGGCCCCCGACAGUGGGGAAACGGUUGCUAGGAAGAUCCUGAAGGACGUCAAGUACACGAUGAAGCUGGACAUGUAUGAAUUCUGCACCACUGAACUGCAGCAGAAACUUAGCCCCAUGAGGACCAAGUUCAAGGAACAAGAAGAGAAAAAGAUGGCUCAGAAAGCCAAGCUGAUAGCCGAGGGCAAGCUGCUGGGACCGAAACUGGCAGGAGCGGCAGCUAUAGCCAAGAAAGAUGAGAAUGUUGAAUAUGAACCUUUUCAGUUUGAAGAUGACCCCACCCACUGCAGAGGAGACUUCUGAUGUUCCAAUGGAGACUGCUGACUCAGCAGACCCUCCUCCUCCUCCGCCGACCAAUUAACAAUGACAUCAUCAUGACAUCAUUCCAUCUCUCUUGAUUAGACCAGUGUGUCAGCUUCACACACAUCGUGACUAUUGUAUAAUGACUAUUGUGAUGAUGGUGUGUGUAUUAUAACAACACAACCAUAAUUAUGCAAUAUUGU